GAGAGACUAAAACACUCUUUCCUCUUACCACGAACUCUGGUCUCUUUUGCAGUUAAAUGUAGAAAACACGGGCAUGCGAACCCUCCUUUCGCUGAUAGUGCCAAGUAUUGUACUGGUGGUAGCUGAUCUCUGCGGCUUCCUGAUCCCCCUCCAAGACAGAUUGUCCUACAUGAUCACCUUGUUACUUGCAUACCUGGUGUUUCAUUCCUCGCUGGUUGGCUCCCUACCAGGGUCCGCUUCCUGCAACCCUUUGCUGAGUUAUUACUACAUUGGUCUCUUGGUAUUACUGGUCCUUAGCACAAUUGAGACCGUCUUGGUGACAAAAUUAGUUGCAGACAACAAUAAUCUCUGGCUGAAGUGUGGAUUGCAAGAGGGAAAGGCCAGGGCUUCUACUAUCUUAGCUACAGACCCAAGUCAUCACCCAGAAGAUACCAAAGAUCCUAGGACAAAUGACUGCGGAACAAAAGAAGAGGGGUUGCCGCUGAAACAAGCUUCUGCCGCUUUGGACAGGCUCUUCUUCUUUGUCUACUUAGGACUAGCUGUUAUGUUUCAUGUCCUAUUUGCAGCCCUCUGGCUGUUUUGGCAUUGUGAAUCUGAGAAGCCUCCAGGAGAAGACCACCUAGAUGGAAUCAAGUGGGGAAACAGAGGAUAACACAAGGCCAUCCAUGUUAAAUAUUGUCACUUCUUGUACUCAGCUGGAGUUACGCACUUUUGCCCAUCCUCUAUCUGCAUAAAUCGCUUUGAUUUUAAAUACUGCACGUCUGUAUUACUGGACAAUGGAUUUUGUUCUUCAGUGGCUCAAGCCUAGUGGAGGUUAACAAAUAAUCAUGGGUGUAGCUAGGGGAGAAGGGGCCUGUGUUCACCCCUCUCUCUGGCGGCCCCUCGGAGUGAGGGAGAUAAUGAAGAAGAUAAGGAAGGGUGGCGCUGGGGGGCCCUCCGGAGCUUGGGGGCCCAGGUUCUUUGAACCCAUCCACUCAAUUAUAGCUACACCCCUGCAAAUAAUUAUUACUGCAGUUACAUAAGGCACCCCAUAUGGUUUCCAGGCAAAGGCACUCUUACCCUUGGACUUUGGGGCCAAAUUCCAGGGCCUCUACACCCCCUGCGGGCCCCUCCAAUCCUCAUUAGUCUGUCCUGGGUAGUGUGGUUUGUGCCCUCAAGAACCUACGUGUUAAAAAAAGUGAUGCUUAACUUGGGGGGGGGGGAGUUUCAAAAGGCCUUUAGGCCCAGGCUCCAAAAUUACCUAGGUGCACCACUGUUUCCAGGCAGUCUCCCUCCUAUCUAUGUAGCUUCCUGGCCCAGCCUUCAGCUUGUGCCUUCGAAUCAUUCUCUGAGGCAAUGAAAAAAGAAAGGGUGGAUUGAAAGAGGCAUUCUGAUACACUUUAGUUAGGACACAAAUGACCUCUCCUCCCUAAAAAUGUGGAGACUGCCCCAUUCAUAUUGAUCAAAUGCUCUGCCCCAGGAACGCCUGGAUGUGUUAUUCUUUGCUCUCUAUUCCCAGACAAGUAAAAACACUCUUAUUUAGUGCAGAUUUUCAUUGUCUUUAUGUAGUUUUAAAUGUUUGUCUCGAUUUCCUACUGUGUAUGGAUUGUUUUUAAAAUGCAAAUAAAACCACUGAAAAGUAAAUUGUGAAAGGUUUCUACUGAAAGGCAGUCUUUAUUGAUUUUACAAUAUUUAAUUACUUUGGCCAUCACAAAAUGAGCUCAGGGUAGCCCCAGGUUACUGAAAGGGCCUGCUUAUGGGGGAACUUCUGCAAGUGGUAGUCUUGAACAUUCAGGCUUUUGAAAGUAUCUAUAAAAGCAGCAUGAUUCUUUUUAUCACAAGGGGACCGUGGUUCAAGCGGAGACCAUACUGACUAGCCAAAAGCCAUGAAUAGUUAGAUAGCCAAGCAUCCAUCCUUUCAUUCUUUUAUACCACAGCAGGAACUUUUAAUCUGAAAGCCUGUAUGGUUCCAAACUAAAUACAAGCUUUGAAAAACACCAGCCAGAGUUACACCUACAAAAGAGAUGUCCUUUUGUGUAGUCAGUUUUGAGAUAUAUGUCAAGAAUUUAUUGUUCCUAUUCUACAUAAGUUCCCAGGUAGAUCUAAUGAUUUUUGUUGUUCUCUCCUACUGAUCUGUUCUCAGAUUUAAAAAACUAAAAUUUCUUAUAACAUUGCUAGAAUGUGGAGUUGCCUGCAGAUUUUGGAAGAGAUGUAUUGACCAAUCAACAUAGUAAUGUGUUAAUUACCUGGUUCUGUUGAUAAUUUGUUAAUAAUAAUAGGUUGCUGAUAUAUUGUUCUUUCUUGAUACUGUCUAGGAGUAGACUCUUUUUAGGUGAUGAUUUUACUAGUUGUGUGUGUGCGUGUUUGAUAUUAUCUGAUGUUUUAUUGUAGUAUUUCCAUUGUAUGUUUAUAACUACUUUUGGUCUGGUCGUUGACUGUAAUUAAAUGACUGACUG